UCGCGCCGGUGGCUGCAGUCGAGACAUUCUAGUGGUGGCGGCGACGGCCGCUGCUGGAAAGAGCGGGAGCCCGGGCGGGCGUCGAGCGUGGGGCGGGUGGGAAAAUGGCGGUCGUGUUAGCCUGGCUGUGGAACGAGCGCUUCUGGUUUCCGGUCAACGUGACGUGGGCCGAUUUGGAGCAAAAGACCCCCGAGGCAUACCGCGUCGGUCACCUUCUGGCAGCGUUCCCGCUAGCCGCCGGCCUCUUGGUCUUAAGGCACUUCUUCGAGAGUAUGUUGGAUGAGCCAUGUAAACAAGAUUACUUUUCUGUUUUUCAGCCCAUAACACCUGACAUUUAUUACUAUUAUGUCUUCGAACUGGCCCAUUACUUGUCUCUUAUGUAUUCACAGUUUACUGAUAUUAAGCGAAAGGAUUUCUUCCUGAUGUUUGUCCAUCAUGUGGCUGCUGUUGUACUCCUUAUCUGCUCCUACAUAAACAAAAUGGUCCGAAUAGGUACUUUGGUCAUAUGUCUCCACGAUUCAGGAGAUAUAUUAUUAGAACUUGCAAAAUUGUUCAACUAUGCGAAGUAUCAGCGACUCUGUGAUGCCACCUUUGUAUUAUUUGGUGUGGUGUUUCUUAUUACCCGCUUGGGGAUUUUUCCUAUUUGGAUAUUGAAUAGUACCAUGUUUGAAAGCUGGGAAUUAGUUGGCCCCUAUCCAUCCUGGUGGUUGUUCAAUAGCCUUCUCUUAAUACUACAAGUAUUACAUAUAAUCUGGUCCUACUUCAUCAUUCGCAUUGCCUGCAAAGCUAUGGCACGAGGAAAGGUAUUAAGAGAUGAGCGCAGCGAUGUGGAGAGCAGCUCUGAAGAUGAUGUGACUUCAAACAACAGAAAAGGAAUUAUUAACACUUCAAGCAAUGAUUGCAAUCGGAUAAAUGGCCAUGUAAUUAGUGACCAAUGGGCAGAAGAGUAAAAACAGGGGAUAGCUGCCCCACAAUCCAAAGAUUUGAAUACAAAUAUCUAGAAAUGCCCAGUUACAAGAAAUUUUUAAUCAACUGCCUCACCACUCCCAAAUCCUCUAGCGAAUCUGAAACAGGACAGCACAGGCAGUUUUGCACAGGAUGAAGAAGCUGUUUGCUAGUGCAAAACGUUUUUCGACUUCAACGUUUAAAGAAAAUAAGCCAUUUUGAAUUUAAUGUUUGUUGAAAUAUGUAAGAGGAAAGAAAAUAGGCUUCAGAAUUUUUGUUUUUUGGGGGGUUAAGCUUGAUCACCAACAGGUUUUGUCUGCUUUAUGGCAUUCCAGGAUUUUUGGACAACGAUCUAUCACUCUAUAUUUCUUGUAGGACCUAUUGGGCUACAGCUAAAGAACCUGGGGAUUGUGCUACAGAUAGAUUGAAGGGUUUGCUUAUAUCAAUGGCAAAUAUUUUUUUCCUCAUGUCAUCUUACUGAGUGAUAAGAAAGAUGAAGCUGGCAUUUAUUUGCCUUGAGUGAUGCAGCAUCUCCAAAGUCUUCAUUGUGAUUUCCUACAACAUCCUCCUUUUCAUACAAAUUCUGGAUUUGAGUUCAUUUAAGAAUUACAAAAUGAGAUGAGUAGUUUUCAGUGAUAGGAUUGUAGAUAGGGAUGACCAGUGUUUGUUGCUAAUUGUCUCAUAAAGAUAAGUUGUGAAUGUACCCAUGUUUUCAGAAGAAAAGUGAUAUCCUGGAUGAACCUCAAUCUUGUGCGAUACUGCUGGGAUGCAGUGGCCAUCUCACAGGGAUUGGGUCUCCUGUCCCCACUUGCCUUUUAUUCAGUGGUACUUCAAAGGAGAUGGAAGAUGGGGAAGUGUUGAUAGGACUUGGGUUUUGGAAAUCCCCUGAAUUAUCAUCAUUUUAUAUUAUUGUUUACUCUGUGAUUAAAAAAUCCUUGAUGAAUAAGA